CCCCAGAGUUCUGUACUAAGGCCACCGGAAGAUAAGGAACCAUGGACAGGGAAGAAGAAGAAGAAGACGUUCUGGCUCUUAACCAACCCUUAUUAACAGAACCAGUAGUAACCGGAAACAGUCCACUUGAAGAUGUACAAAGCAAAAGCCUUGCGUCAAGAGUUUGGAUAGAAACCAAGAAACUAUGGCGCGUCGUGGGCCCUGCUAUCGUCGCCCGGCUUGCCGGCUACUCCAUGACCGUCAUUACUCAGGCCUUCGCCGGCCACCUAGGUGACAAUGAGCUUGCUGCAAUCUCCAUCGUCAACAAUGUCAUCCUUGGCUUCUCAUUUGGUCUGCUGUUGGGAAUGGCAAGUGCCCUGGAAACUCUAUGUGGUCAAGCUUUUGGGGCCAAAAGGUAUCCAAUGCUUGGGAUUUAUCUCCAGAGGUCUUGGAUCGUGUUGUUCAUCGGCUGCAUUUUCCUAUCGCCGAUUUAUGUUUUCGCUUCUCCAAUUCUGAAACUACUGGGGCAGACAGAUGAAGUGUCAGAGCUUUCAGGGGUGGUGUCCCUUUGGGUUUUGCCAUUGCAUUUUAGCUAUGCAUUUCUUUUCCCAUUGCAAAGGUUCUUGCAGAGCCAGCUCAAGAACUUUGUGACUUUGUGGAUGUCCUUGGUGGUUCUGGUGAUUCAUACCCUGAUAAGCUGGAUUUUUGUGUAUGUUUUGGAUUUUGGAAUUGUCGGUGCUGCUGUGACUUUGGAUAUUUCAUGGUGGCUCUUGGUUUUCAUGCAACUUGCUUAUGUGACUUGUGGCUGGUGUCCGCUGAGUUGGCCUGGUCUGUCUAUGGAGGCUUUUUCUGGGCUCUGGGAAUUUAUCAAACUUUCUGCUGCAUCUGGCGUCAUGAUCUGUUUGGAAUUCUGGUAUUACAGAGUUUUGAUAUUGAUGACCGGAUACUUACCAGACUCGACUCUUUCUGUUGAUGCCAUAUCAAUUUGCAUGACUGUAAACGGGUGGGAACUCAUGAUCCAUUUAGCUUUCUUGGCUGGAACAGGAGUGAGGGUCGCGAAUGAGCUCGGAGCCGGAAAUGGUCAGGCAGCAAAGUUUGCAACAAAGGUUGCUGUGGCGGAAUCAAGCUUCAUCUCCCUUUUCUUUUGUGUGCUCAUUAUCGCGUUACAUGACAAGUUUGCAUACAUCUUCACUUCAAGCACUGAUGUCCUAUUAGCAGUUGAUCACUUGUCUUACCUCUUGGCUAUAACCAUUCUACUUAAUGGGGUUCAACCCGUUUUGUCAGGCGUAGCGAUAGGCUCAGGAUGGCAAGCAUGGGUUGCAUAUGUAAAUCUUUUCUGCUACUAUAUUGUUGGGCUUCCACUUGGAAUAGUACUGGGAUGGGUUGCUGACUAUGGUGCUUUGGGUAUAUGGUCUGGGAUGAUCCUUGGUGGUACCCUUGUACAAACUGUGAUUUUGGCUAUCAUCACAACCCGACGUGAUUGGGAAAAUGAGGCACUGACUGCUGGCCGGCGGGUAAACAAGUGGUCUACACAAGAUAGCCAAGCUGAGGGAUAGCAAUAACUGGUAGAAGCUUAGCAUUCCAUUCCAUUCAGGUCAAGGAAAAUAACAUAUAGCAGCUUGGAAGUUUUCUAUCAUAUUCUUCAAAGGCUCAAACCCAUUUUUUGUAAGAUUUUGAUUAUUAUGUUGUUUAAAAAUUCAAUCUGGGAGACGAGGUUAUUCUUGGCUUCAAAUCCUUUGUCCCAAUUUUCCUAUUCCUUUCCUGUACUCCUAUUAAAGUUUGACAAGUGGCAUUUG